UCCAGACCCGGCGAUCAUGGUGGUGCUAAAGGGCGUUCCGGCGCUGCUGUCCCCUGAGCUGCUCUACGCCCUGGCGCGGAUGGGGCACGGCGACGAGAUCGUUUUCGCAGACGUGAACUUCCCCACCGCCUCCAUAUGCAGGUGUGGGCCGGAGGAGAUCCGCGCUGACGGCCUGGGCAUUCCCCAGCUCCUGGAGGUUGUGCUGAAGCUGCUGCCACUGGACACCUACGUAGAGAGCCCGGCUGCCGUCAUGGAGCUGGUGCCCGGUGACCGGAAGAUCGGCCUUCUGACCCCGGUAUGGAAGAGCUACGAGUCCAUUCUCCUGGAGGCGGGCUGCGAGAGAGCCCUGGCCAAGAUAGAGAGGUUUGAGUUUUAUGAGCGGGCCAAGAAGGCUUUUGCUGUUGUAGCAACUGGGGAGACGGCCCUUUACGGAAACCUCAUCCUCAAGAAGGGGGUGCUGGCACCCGAGGCACUGAUCUAGGCCCGGAGAAGACCCCUGGGCCCAGAGAGGAAUCUGCAUCUCUGGGCCAGACCACGGACAAACCGGCCCUGUCCUGCUCAGCCCAGAGCACCCCCAACUGGGGACCCUGGGGGGCCAGGCCGGUCUUUGGGGGGUAGGGGGAGGUGCUGCUGACGGGGGACUGGGACUCACCCAAUUUACGACAAUGAUGUGAAGUGUGGUGACUCGUCUCUGAAGUCAGAGGUUUCAACAACAGCCCCGUCCUCACAAAGACUUGUUUGGUACUGAACACGAGGGAGGCCACUGGCUCCUCGGAGCGCCCCCCACCCCCGUGCACCCUCAGGGAGGGAGGAAGGCCUCUCUCCUCCCUAAGGUCCGAGGCAGGUCCCUGGGCUCGGGACAAGAGCUCAUAGGAGUAAGGUCCUCUUGUGAGGAGGCCCCACGGAGGGCUGGGCCGGGCGGCCACGACUGCACUGCGAGAGCCUGGGGUGGGCAGAGCAGCUGCCCAGGAGCCCUGAGUGGAGGGGGUUCCUCAGUCAGCCCCAGAGCUGGGGGUGGUGGGCAGGGGUCAUUCUGGGUGCUGGGGCGGGUGGGGAUCGGUCAUUUGUUCCCUCUCCCCAGUGGUUGAGUGCCUACUGAAUACACAGGAGCCCGA